CUCCCUAUAGCUCUGUCUUGAGUUCAGCCAUUGCACUGCAGACUUCCUUUUUUUCUCCCUUGCUUCGUCCACCUUUCCACAGCUUUCUUUUCACUGUCUGCAUUUAGUAUUUGUGUAGCUGCUGCUUGUUUUUUUUUUUAUCUGUUGUUGCAUUAAUUCUUGAGGCCCUAAUUAAUCUGAAAUCAUGGCUGACAGAAGUCGUAUGUUGCGGAGAAAGGAGAGACAAGAAAAAGAAGCCGGUGGAAACACCAGGGAUGGAAAAGAAGAGAGUAACGAAGGAGAAAAUGCUCAACGUAAUCGAGGGGGACCAUCAACUGAGCCGCUGCCCACCAAUGAUGUAACAGCUAAUGGUAAAAAUGGAGAUCCUGAGGUUGAGCCGAUGGAACUACCUCCAUUUGAAAUCAUUGCAGGUGAUCGGAUCGAUCCUUUUGCAUUCAAGUUCCAGUUCAAGAAUGUGGAAUACUCCUCAGGCCGCAAUAAGACCUUCUUGUGCUACCUGGUCGAUAAAGGGAACACAGCUGAUGGGAUUCAGAGAGGCUGUCUGGAGGAUGAACACACUGGACCUCAUGCUGAAGAGGCCUUCUUCACGCAGUGCCUGUCUGACUAUGACCCUUCACUCAAAUACACAAUUACCUGGUAUAUGUCGUCUAGUCCCUGCUCUGCGUGUGCAGCAAAGAUAAUUGAUGUGUUAAACACCAAGAAAAACAUCAAAUUGAGCAUCUUCGCUGCUCGGCUGUUUGAGUUUGAGGAGGCAGAGAUCCAAGCUGGGCUCAAGGCUCUGCACAGAGCUGGAUGUAAGCUCAGGAUGAUGAAGCCUCUGGACUUCUCCUAUACCUGGGAUACAUUUGUGGAGAAUGAAGAUCAACCUAUUAACCUGUGGGAAGACUGCAAAGACAAUUAUGAGUAUUAUCAGGAGAAACUCUCUGACAUUCUGCAGUGAACACAACGUGUUGGCGCCAAGGUGGACCCCUCAGAUAUUCCCAAAACGUUUGUGGUGACUUCAUUUGGGCUGUUUGAGUUUUUGAAAAUACCUUCUGGUGUAUAAGAACUGUCAUCUUCUGUCUGUUUUUGUUUUUGAAUUCCAACUGAAAGGUGGGCGUUUCCCUUCAGCGCACACCUAUCUCACAUCAUGAUCAAGCAACGUUUUAAGGACUGUCAUUCCGACCACUCCGUGUCGGAUAACUCGCCUUGCUCAAGCCAUUGUUCACAUGCAAUUUUUUCGACAGACCAGAUUUUCCCCCGUUGUUCUCAUCCCUUGUUUAUUGCUCUCUGUUUUCUCUCAAUAGUCAUUUUGUUUGGCAAGUUAUUUUUAGUUGGUGUUUGUCAUGAUUUGGUUCUCUUGUCCUUUGGAGACAAACAAUUUCCAUAUUUUCCUUGCCUUUUGCAAGUGCUUUUUAUUUUCUCUCGUUUUAUCCUGGUGGAUUGACCAGCGUCAUUAUUUGUACACCAAAUGUUCAAUUUCAAACAAAUAUGUAAUAUAGAAAAAGUAAAGUGAUGGGGGGAAAAAAA